CUUGAGGUUGUGCCAAGUCGUUUUCACUGAACAAUUUUUAAAGGUAUUCGCCAUUCCCAAGUGUGACUGGCUGCCUUUUUACCGUGCAGGACCAUCGUGAAGCCUGUGGCCAAAGAAUUUGAUCCGGACAUGGUCCUAGUGUCCGCUGGAUUUGAUGCAUUGGAAGGCCACACCCCUCCUCUAGGGGGGUACAAAGUGACAGCAAAAUGCUUUGGUCAUUUGACGAAGCAAUUGAUGACACUGGCUGAUGGACGUGUGGUGUUGGCUCUAGAAGGAGGACAUGAUCUCACAGCCAUCUGUGAUGCAUCAGAAGCCUGUGUAAAUGCCCUUCUAGGAAAUGAGCUGGAGCCGCUUGCAGAAGAUAUUCUCCACCAAACACCGAAUAUGAAUGCUGUUGUUUCUUUACAGAAGAUCAUUGAAAUUCAAAGUAUGUCUUUAAAGUUUUUUUUAAAAAAUUCUAUUCAGGUAAAACUAAUUAAAAUUAUAUUGAGAAUUAGAGUACAAUGAAAGGUUUA